AAAUCACGCUUCAAUCCAACUGUGAACGCCAUAAAUUCGAUUCAAUCCCACAAACCCUUUCCAUAUCUCCUUCUUCCCUCUUCGUUUCGGUUUCUAGGUUGAGCAUCAAAUUCGAAUCAAUGGAGGUCGCUGGGGUUGUGUUCCGUCAGGCUCCGUGCUUCUCUUCCAACAGUAGCGUAAACUUCAGAUCGUUCAGUCCUAAACAACAAUGGAGUCGGAAGUCGGUUAUUGCUUUGGCGGGUUGUGAUGAGUUUUCUGACAAGAGCCACUUGCAGUAUUACGAUUACAAUGGUGGUCCGAGGAUGUCGAUGAAGGAGAAAGAGAUGAAGAAACAGCUGAAACUGGUGAAGGGUUUGUCGAAGAACUUGGCUAGAUUCGGUGAUAUGGGUUUUGGUUUGAAUCUUAAUGUUAAUGAUGGGUUGGAUGAACAAGUGAGAGGGAAGAUGAUAUCGGAAGCAACAGAGGUGUUAGUUGGACAAUUGCAGAAGCUAAAAGCAGAGAAGAUGGAAUUGAAGAGGAGGAAAAAGGAAGAAAAGGCGAAAAAGAAAGCAGCAAAGAUGAUGGAAUGCAAAAGCAAGAAGGAAUCAUCAUCGUCGUCGUCGUCUUCUGAGUCUGAAUGUGAGAAAUUGGCAUUAAGCCAAUUGCUGGCAUCUCCAAGUGCAAUUGAAACAGCAACAACAACAGUAAUAGAAUCACCAUCAUCAAUGGUUGAGGAAGUAGAAAACAACAUGAACAUGAAGAUGCAGAGCAAGAGGGUGGGUGAUAAGAUAGAGGUAUGCAUGGGAGGAAAGUGCAAGAAAUCUGGAGCAGCAGUGUUGUUGGAGAAUUUUCAAAAAGCAGUUGGUGGUGGGGAAGCAGCAGCUUUGGUGGUUGGGUGCAAAUGUAUGGGGAAGUGCAGAGAUGGUCCGAAUGUGAAAGUUGGGAAUGGGAAUGGGAAUCCAUUAUGCAUUGGGGUGGGAUUGGAGGAUGUUGAUUCCAUUGUCAAUGACUUCUUGUUUGGUCAGAAUACGAUGGGAGCCCCAGCCCCAGCACUAGCACUGUGAACAAGUAUAUAUAUAUUUUUGAGUAAUUAAUUGUAUGUAGAGGUGCUAUUUUUUAUAUAUAUGGUGCAAGUGUUGGAUCACUAAUUAUUGGGUAAAAAGGAGAAUUUAAUUUGUUUGGUGUUGAAUAGAGAUUAAUAAUUGAUGG